AUGGCCGUGCUGGUCCUGGAGGCCCGCGACUGCACCAGUCCCGUGUUCCUCGUGCGAACGUGGGCCCUUCUCUGCGGCUGCGUCACCUUCAGCCUGGUGGGGUCCCUGGAGCCCGAGCACCUCCGCGAACCCGAGCGCCGCCUCAACACCUUCUGGAUCGCCUGCAUGUUCACCUGGUGCUUCUUCUUCACGCUCACCCUCCUCAUCCACGUCCUCAACGUCAUCCAGUUCCACAGCCUGCUGCCCGUGUCCUGGAAGAACCUGACGGUGACCGUGGCGGCCCUGGGAGCCCUCAUGACGCUGAGCGCCUCCGUGCUGCUCCCCUGGAGGGUCCUCGACCACCGGCCCACCUCGGCCCGGCCGCUGGCCGCCGCCGUGGCCGCCUGCCUCACCGUGCUGGCCUACUGCGGCGAGGUGUGGGCGAUCCGCGGGCAGCCCCAGGAGCAGAGGGGAUACAUGGCCAGCUUACCGGGCGUCCUAAAGAUCGUCCAGUGUUGGGGAGGCUUUCAGAUGAUCCCCCUGUUCCUGGAGACGAUGACGGCCACGCAGGCCAGGGAUCUGAGCGCCGAAGGAGGGGCACACGUCUGGCAGCUGUGGGUGUCGGUGGGGUUGUACAACGUGUGUCUGCUGAUGUCCUUGGCCUCCGUCGCGGUGAUACUGUGCGACUGCGCCGGGAGGUUCUGUCCGUUUCCGUUCGAUCGACUUUUGGCCGGGUUCAGCCUGCUGGGGGUGUUGUUCUAUAUGGUCGCCACGGUGAUCUGCGUUACCAACGUGCUGCAGGAUGUGGAAAACCGAUCAGGGCUGCUGAUCAUGGAGACCGUCAUUGUUAGUAUUACACUGAUGGCGUACACAGUGGACUUUUCCUUUUCCAUCAAGCAGUUGUGUGAAAGGGGCCAUGGCUGACGGUCGCACUGGAAAGCCCCUUCUGGUUGAGGAUAUCAUGUAAGGUAGUGAUUGACAAUCAAUCAUUGAUUUCUCAAUCAGUCUUGAGUUGAUCUACAAAGAAAACUAAAAUCAACGCAUAAAAAAUGUGACUGUAAUAAUAUUUCAAUUACUAUUUUGAUUGUAUUUGCGGUAUUACUUUGAUGAUGAAGUAAUACCUAACCAUGAUUAUAAUACAGAAAUAAAAUAACAGAAGAUGCAAGUUAUAUUAUGAUACUACCGUGGUAUAUUAUGUGCAUAUUAUACAAUUGGAUAAUUAUAUAUUGGUAAGGAAAUUCAAUACAAUUUUCCCAUCCCUAUAUGCAAAAAAUAUGGGAGAAUUAGGGUAAAUUAAAUUUUAAUUAAAAGUUAUUGAUAGAUAAUGUUUCAAAGCAGUCCAACUAAGGAGGACUGCAUAAAAUAUAAAAAACACAUGAAUAAUUCUGUCAAGCAAAUUGAAAUAUAUGCUUUGUUGGUUUAUUGGACCGAGAGACAAUGAACAAUUGGGUAUGCUAUGCAGUAGUGAUGGAAAUGCUGCCUGUUCCUAUUUUUGUGUUGACAAAACAGUUGCCGAUCAUGCACACUAGAUGGCAACACUUGCGUUGCCAUGCAAGUUAUACAAAUCACUGAAUUUGAUUUCAUUAAGAAACAGAAGAACGUUUUUAAGGCUGCUAUAUAGUAACACAAUAAUUUAGAAACUAAAAUGCACAAGCUCUUUAAAAAUAUAUAUUUGUGUGAUCAGUGAGCCUACUUUUCACCAUUCCACAGUGAAUUGAUAGAAGCCUACAAAAAAGCCUUCUAACAUUAAGUAUGACAACUAUUAACAAAUAUUGACUAUGUACAAGUCUUGAGAAGACUUGUGGCACAUGGCCUUUAAAUUGUACAGGCUACAUCCAUGGGGUUAGGAGAAUGUAUUAUUUCUGUGAUGACAUUAAUCCUAAUAUGAAUCCCUUGUGUUUCAUUCCGUUUAAUUAUUCGAUCAUGAUAAAUAAUAAAAGACAAUCUCUAUGUAA